UAUAAAAUAAUGUAAGUCAUGUUUCUGGUGUUUUCUGACCGUUGAAACCAUGUAGAGUGUCAAGAUUGGACGAGUUAUAACCUUUUUUUAUUGAUAUAAACGUUUUCGUUAAUUGUUUUACACCAUGGAGCCAACCGAGCCAGAUUUACGUUGCAGUAUUGGCACUUUUCAUAGCAGUGAUUGUGGACCUUACAGUCGAUAUCCACAAGAAAAAACAAUCGUGAAACUGUUGUCAUGCAGAAAAGACAUUUCAAACCAUCUAAGAACUCUUAAGUUGGCGGUUGGGGGAGUCGGUGGUCUAGCUAUAAAAUCCCCAGUUGAUUUAGGUUCCGAGGCAGACCUACUGUGUCGCAGAGUGGGGUUGUUUACAACCAACUCGUUCCUUACUGUGUGUCCAUUUCAUCGGUACAAGCUAGGAAUAGACUUUAGGCAGGUUAAAAAGUGCACCUACCCAGACCAUACUGGAAAAGGGAAGAUUUUCAGGGGAGUUUCAUCAACUCAUAGCCAGCAUAUUUUGGAAGAGUAUGGAGUAUUACUUCCUGUUGGAACUGGUGUAUGUUAUGAAUGCUACUUAAAGUUGCCUAAGCAGGACUGUAUGAAUGAAGAAAAUCUUCAAAGUUUCUCACAAGAAUUAUCUGUAGCAGAAUCUACAGAAGAUGAUGGCCAAUUUUACAAAUUUGGUAAACAGCAUGUCUUAAAAAAUGCAGUAACACUACAGCCUCGAGACAAAGGAGCAACAUGUUUUGAAAACUCACAGUCAUGUACUAAUGAUGCAGUGGUUGACUCCGACUUUCAAAGCAUAAAUACUUCAAGUUCUCAACCACUGUCACAAAUAUCGUCAUGGAGUGAGGAAAACAUUGAUACAGUUCUGACUGAUUUGAAUGAUGCCAUAGAUGUUUUAGGUCAUGGACAAAUCAGUCCAAUAAAGUACAGAGUAAGACGUGAUUUAGACUUGUUGCAGCCUUCUUCAUUACGCACAGUCAAAAGAAAAGCAGGAGAAACUAUAAAUUUAUUUCUAGAUGCAAUUGCACCUGGGCAAAGUACCAAAUUAUUAAAGAUUCUACAAGAGCCAGACAGUAAGGAUGACACUGGAAAUUUACAUGAAGUGGUAUUAAAUUUGUACAUGGAGAGCUCAGACAGAAGCUUGAAAAAACAGUUAUUGUCUAUGAUUGCACAUUCCCAUACAAAGUCAGAGUUAAAGCAGCUAAUUCCAGGAGUGACAGUUCAUGCUAUUGAUGAAGCUCGUAAACAUGCAACCAUGAUUGGAGCAGGAAUGGGUGUGCCAUCAAAAGAACCUGCAAAAAGACAGAAAAUGGACAGAGAGAAGUUAGACCAUGCCCUUGACUUCUUCUUUGAUCCAACUUUUCACCAGAUAACAGCCUUUGGAACAAAAGAAAUGAAGCUCAGCUCAGGAACACUGUUAACCAUACCAAAUGUAGUUAGGACUGCCUAUCAUUCAACACUGGUUGAAACAUACCUGUCUUAUUGUUCAGAAACAAGUUUUGAUCCACUUUGUAACUCGUCAUUAUUUAAAAUAUUGAGUGAAUGUCCAGCAUCAAGGCGAACAAAUCUUAAGGGUCUGGACAACAUAGCUGCUGAUGGUAAUUCUGCAUAUGAUACACUUAUGGAUGUAAUUGGUGUUUUAGAGAAUCAAAGUAUAGGAAGAAGUAAUGCCAUACUGAAGGAGUGCAAAGAAAAGCUACAAUCCAGUAAACUAUACAUAAAGACUGAAUACAAGCUGCAUCUAGAAAGAGAAAGUAGAUGUCCAGAUCAUUGCAUCAACUUUGGACUUAGUGACAUAACAAACAGAAAUUUGACAAACCAGUGCUGUAACCAUGACCAUGACAUGACCUGUGACAGAUGCAAUGCUUUUGAUGAAGCUAUUUCCAUGCUGAGAUCCUUUGUUUUGGGAAAUGAUGAUUUGUCUAUAGAAAAACAGCGAGAGUUAGAGCACGAUUUAAGCACUUCAGAAAGCGCAGUUUUUGAUUGGAAAUGCCACAUAGUGAGAUUGGUUGCCCAAGAUUCUUGCAGAAAAGAGAAACUUCUAAACCUUAAGAAUGGAGAAGUCAUGGUUGUUAUGGACUGGGCAAUGAAAUUCCUCCCUUUAUUGUUCAGAGAAAAACAAAGUGAUUGGUUUGGACAGAAGGGGCUGAAUUGGCAUGUAACUGUUUGUGUUUUUAAAGAUUAUGAAAAUCAGCUUAAGCAUCGUACAUAUGUUCAUGUUAUGGAUGGUGUUAAACAGGAUUGGUACAGUGUAGCAUGUAUGCUGCAACAUGUACUAUUAGCUCUGAAAAAGCAACAACCUACUGUGACAACAGCAUUUUUGAGAAGUGACAACGCAGGGUGUUACCACUGCAGUAAUUUAUGGCAUGCUGUUCCAGCAAUAUCAGAAGAAACAGGUGUAAAUAUACAAAGGUACGACUUUAGCGAAUCACAGGAUGGCAAGUCAUAUUGUGAUGCCAAAAUAGCACACAUGCGAGCAAAGCUAAGGAAAUAUGUAAGCAAUGGGGGCAACAUAUCAUGCUCUGCAGAUAUGAAGAAGGCUUUGGAUGACGGAGAGGGUGUUCCAGGAUGUCAAAUUGCCCAUGUUGACAUUCCUCUACCAGUAGAUCAAUUGACGCUCCAGCGUAAAAUAAAGGGAAUUACCAAGAUUUCAAACGUACAAUUUGAAAACUGGUGCCAAUUAAAAUAUUGGAAAAACUACAACAUUGGUGAAGGUCAAACUUUGUCAAUAACUCCAAUUAAUCUUGAGUCAACUUUAAAUGUUUUGUCAGACUUUAAAGUACCUUGUAAAGAUACUGGAAAUAUACUAGCUGCCCGAGAAAAACAACCCUCUGAGGAAAGUCAGUCUGAUGUUAAUCUGACUUGUCCGGAACACAACUGCAAUGCAGUAUUGCAUUCAUAUUCAGAGCUUAAUGACCACUGUUUUGUUGGUGACCAUCACUACAUGUCCACUUUUGAUGGAAUCAAAAUGAAAUGGCGUGACAUAUGUCUAGAUAUAGAUACAACUUCGUCAAAAACAAAACACAGUACCCUUUCAGCCGGCACGAGUGAAUUGUCCCUUGGAUGGGCAUUGAAAAAGGAUAGAAAAAAUCAUCGUUUUUCAGAGAAGGUAAAAGUUUACCUGAAAGGUGUAUUUGAUGAGGGUGAAAGUAGUGGCAACAAAGCCAACCCAGUUAAUGUUUCUCGGAACAUGAGAGUUUGCCAUGAUGGGGAUGGAAUGAAAAUGUUUACACCAAAAGAAUACUUACAACCUAGUCAAAUCACUUCCUAUUUGUCAAGACUAGUAGUGCUGUCCAGAGCUCCAGCAACAGAUGUAGUUGAAGACGAUAUUGACAGCACCAUAGCUAUAAUUAAUCAAGCUGAAGCAUUGGAAGAACUUGUUAAUAUUUUUGUUUGA